AUGGGCAAGGUUCAUGGAUCAUUGCUCGUUCCGCUGCACGGCCUUGACGGUGAACUUGAAUGCAGAACAAUGACCUAUACUUUGUUGAACCAAUCGGCAACAAAAACAGAUAAUAAAGGCUGGCUUCCUAUUACCUUCAGCUAUGCAAAUGUUGGUCCUCGAAAGAUAAAGGAAAUAAAGGAAAUUCUCUCGGGGUGCAGCUAUGCGCUUGUUGAUCACUUUGAACUUUCUGCAUUACUAGGUGGAAGGGAGAAGGCUCCUGCUGCUUUUUGUCGGAAAGCCAUCACGUCUACUGACAAAUUUGAGAGGUGGGGAGAUGGUUUGCAAACACGAUCAUUGACAUUCAUUGAUGAGUGUGUUGAAGAUGUACUUAGAGUUGAAAAUGGAGAGCUUAUACAAGUCCUAAGGUAUGAAAAGAAUCAGUUUUACAGGGCUCAUCAUGACUACUUUGCUGAUAUUUACAACUUGAAGCGUGGUGGGCAGCGAAUAGCUACAUUGCUUAAGUAUUUAGGUGACAAUGUUAAGGGAGGAGAAACACAUUUCCCAAUGGCUGGUUCUGACGAAUGUAGCUGUGGUGGAAAAAUGUCGAAAGGGAUUUGUGUGAAACCAAUAAAAGGAAACUCAGUGCUCUUCUGGAGUAUGGGACUGGAUGGAAAGUCCGAUCCGGAAAGUGUUCAUGGAGGAUAUCUGGUACACUCUGGGGAGAAGUGGUCAUAUAAUAUCAUUAGUUGUCUAUGUUUCAUAUAAUAUAAUAUUUCCAACGACAUACACAAUGGUCUUAUUUAUUCUGUCACUUUCAAAAGUCUUAUUCUUGUUUUCCACUACUAUGAAUGCAUCAAAGAGGUUUUUAUUUGCUGUCCACAUGAAAUCAAAGUAAAUAUUCAGUUUCUUUUCA